GUGCUGGACACGGUAGCUGCGAGCUCGAGUGCCAGGCCCGGGGUCCUCUGUGUCCUUCUCGGGGCAGGGACGAAGCAGUGACUUGAGUCUUGCUUGCUCAGCUCGGGAGGGAGCGCAGAAGUUGUCGUCCCUACUGUUCCCCGUGCACUUCCCCCUCCUCUCGGUCCCCUUCACCCGCGGCCUCCCGGAAGGCCCCUGACGGGCGGCCUGGGGCAGAGGUGGCGGUCGCGACCGCCCGGGCUGUGGAGAGGUCGCGGUCCUCGGGGCGGCGGUAGCGGCGUCAGCGCUGGGGAGGACGGGGAGGGAAGAUGGCGUCAGAGCUGGAGCCCGAGGUGCAGGCCAUCGACCGGAGUUUGCUGGAAUGUUCGGCUGAGGAGACCGCGGGGAAAUGGCUUCAAGCAACUGACCUCACUAGAGAAGUGUACCAACAUUUAGCCCACUAUGUACCCAAAAUCUACUGCAGGGGGCCCAACCCAUUUCCAGAGAAAGAAGACAUGCUAGCUCAGCAUGUUUUGUUGGGACCAAUGGAAUGGUACCUUUGUGGUGAAGAUCCUGCAUUUGGAUUUCCAAAACUUGAGCAAGCAAAUAAACCAUCUCAUCUUUGUGGUCGUGUUUUUAAAGUAGGAGAGCCUACAUACUCUUGCAGAGACUGUGCAGUUGAUCCAACUUGUGUUUUAUGCAUGGAGUGCUUCUUAGGAAGUGUUCACAGAGAUCAUCGAUAUAGGAUGACAACAUCAGGAGGUGGAGGUUUCUGUGACUGUGGUGAUACUGAAGCUUGGAAAGAAGGUCCUUACUGUCAAAAACACGAACUUAACACCUCUGAAAUUGAAGAAGAAGAGGAUCCUCUUGUGCAUUUAUCUGAAGAUGUGAUAGCCAGAACUUACAACAUUUUUGCUAUUAUGUUUCGGUAUGCAGUAGAGAUACUAACUUGGGAAAAAGAAAAUGAGUUACCAACAGAUUUAGAGGUUAUAGAGAGGACUGACACCUACUACUGCAUGCUAUUUAAUGAUGAGGUCCAUACCUACGAACAAGUCAUCUAUACUCUUCAGAAAGCUGUUAACUGUACACAAAAAGAAGCCAUUGGUUUUGCAACGACAGUAGACCGUGAUGGACGUAGGUCUGUUCGAUACGGAGACUUCCAGUAUUGUGAACAAGCAAAAUCAGUAAUUGUGAGAAAUACCAGUAGACUGACAAAGCCACUCAAAGUUCAAGUUAUGCAUUCGUCUGUAGUUGCACAUCAGAAUUUUGGUUUGAAACUUUUGUCUUGGCUGGGAAGUAUUAUUGGAUAUUCAGAUGGCCUUCGCAGGAUUUUAUGUCAAGUUGGUUUACAAGAAGGACCAGAUGGUGAAAACUCUUCUUUAGUGGAUAGGUUGAUGCUUAAUGAUUCCAAAUUAUGGAAAGGUGCUAGAAGUAUGUAUCAUCAGUUGUUCAUGAGCAGUCUGCUUAUGGAUUUGAAAUAUAAGAAGCUGUUUGCUGUUCGAUUUGCAAAGAAUUACCAGCAGUUGCAGAGAGAUUUUAUGGAGGAUGAUCACGAGCGAGCAGUGUCCGUGACUGCUCUGUCUGUCCAGCUCUUCACCGCACCUACUCUGGCUCGGAUGCUUAUCACGGAAGAAAACUUGAUGACCAUUAUCAUUAAGGCUUUUAUGGAUCAUUUGAGACAUCGAGAUGGCCAAGGGAGAUUCCAGUUUGAACGAUACACUGCUCUGCAGGCCUUCAAAUUUAGGAGAGUUCAGAGCAUUAUUUUAGAUCUCAAGUAUGUAUUAAUAAGUAAACCAACUGAAUGGUCAGAUGAUCUGAGACAAAAGUUUCUGGAAGGAUUUGAUGCCUUUUUGGAGUUACUCAGAUGUAUGCAGGGAAUGGAUCCUAUCACACGUCAAGUAGGACAGCAUAUUGAAAUGGAACCUGAAUGGGAAGCUGCAUUUACGCUACAGAUGAAAUUAACACAUGUCAUUUCAAUGAUGCAGGACUGGUGUGCUUUAGACGAAAAAGUGUUAAUUGAAGCUUAUAAGAAAUGCCUUGCUGUGUUGACGCAGUGUCAUGGUGGUUUUACCGAUGGUGAACAGCCAAUUACAUUAAGCAUUUGUGGACAUUCAGUGGAAACUAUCAGAUACUGCGUUUCCCAAGAAAAAGUUAGCAUUCACCUCCCAGUUUCUCGUUUACUUGCAGGUUUACAUGUAUUAUUAAGCAAAAGUGAAGUGGCAUAUAAAUUUCCAGAGCUUCUACCUCUAAGUGAACUUAGCCCACCCAUGUUGAUAGAACACCCUCUUAGAUGCCUUGUUUUAUGUGCCCAAGUACAUGCAGGAAUGUGGAGAAGAAAUGGGUUCUCUCUAGUAAACCAGAUUUACUACUACCAUAAUGUGAAAUGCAGACGUGAGAUGUUUGACAAGGAUAUAGUAAUGCUUCAGACAGGUGUCUCCAUGAUGGAUCCAAAUCAUUUCCUGAUGAUAAUGCUCAGCCGCUUUGAACUUUAUCAGAUUUUCAGUACUCCAGACUAUGGAAAAAGAUUUAGUUCUGAGAUUACCCAGAAGGAUAUAGUUCAGCAGAACAAUACUUUGAUAGAAGAAAUGCUGUACCUCAUUAUAAUGCUUGUUGGAGAGAGAUUUAGUCCUGGAGUUGGACAGGUAAAAGCUACAGAUGAAAUUAAGCGUGAGAUUAUUCAUCAGUUGAGCAUCAAACCUAUGGCUCACAGUGAACUGGUAAAGUCUUUACCUGAAGAUGAAAAUAAGGAAACUGGCAUGGAGAGUGUAAUUGAAACAGUUGCCCAUUUUAAGAAACCUGGAUUAACAGGACGGGGCAUGUAUGAACUGAAGCCAGAAUGUGCUAAAGAGUUCAACUUGUAUUUCUAUCACUUUUCAAGAGCAGAGCAGUCCAAGGCAGAGGAAGCUCAACGGAAAUUGAAAAGACAAAAUAGGGAAGAUACAGCACUCCCACCUCCAGUUUUGCCUCCAUUCUGCCCUCUAUUUGCAAGCUUGGUUAACCUUUUGCAGUCAGAUGUCAUGUUGUGCAUCAUGAGAACAAUACUGCAGUGGGCUGUAGAACAUAAUGGAUAUGCCUGGUCUGAGUCUAUGCUGCAAAGGGUGUUACAUUUAAUUGGAAUGGCACUGCAAGAAGAAAAGCAGCACUUAGAGAAUGUCAUGGAAGAGCAUGUAGUAACAUUUACCUUCACUCAAAAGAUAUCAAAACCUGGUGAAGCACCAAAUAACUCUCCUAGCAUUCUAGCUAUGUUGGAAACUUUGCAAAAUGCUCCAUAUCUAGAAGUCCACAAAGAUAUGAUUAGGUGGAUAUUAAAGACUUUCAAUGCUAUUAAGAAGAUAAGGGAGAGUUCAUCUACCAGUCCUGUGGCAGAAACAGAAGGAACUGUAAUGGAAGAGAGUUCAAGAGACAAAGACAAAGCUGAGAGGAAGCGAAAAGCUGAAAUUGCCAGACUGCGCAGAGAAAAGAUCAUGGCUCAGAUGUCUGAGAUGCAGAGGCAUUUUAUUGAUGAGAACAAAGAACUCUUUCAACAAACAUUAGAACUGGAUGCCUCUACCUCUGCUGUUCUUGAUAAUAGCCCUAUGUUUUCAGAUAAGACACUUACAGCGCUGGGCCCAGCACAAACCCAGGUCCCUGAACAAAGACAAUUUGUUACUUGUAUUUUAUGUCAAGAAGAACAAGAAGUGAAGGUAGAAAGCAAAGCAAUGGUCCUAGCAGCAUUUGUUCAAAGAUCAACUGUAUUAUCAAAAAACAGAAGUAAAUUUAUUCAGGAUCCAGAAAAAUACGACCCAUUGUUCAUGCACCCUGAUUUGUCUUGUGGAACACACACUGGUAGCUGUGGACAUAUUAUGCAUGCCCAUUGUUGGCAAAGGUAUUUUGAUUCUGUUCAAGCUAAAGAACAGCGAAGACAACAGAGAUUACGUUUACACACAAGCUAUGAUGUAGAAAAUGGAGAAUUCCUUUGUCCCCUUUGUGAAUGUUUAAGUAACACUGUUAUUCCUCUGCUGCUUCCUCCAAGAAAUAUUUUUAACAACAGGUUAAAUUUUUCAGAUCAACCAAAUCUGACUCAGUGGAUUAGAACAAUAUCUCAGCAAGUAAAAGCAUUGCAGGUUCUUAGGAAAGAAGAAAGUAUUCCUAAUAUUGCAUCUUUACUGACCUCAGACAAAAUGGGUGGAUUACAGCUCCCUGAAGGAUUUAGGCCUGAUUUUCAUCCUAAGAACCCUUACUCUGAGAGCAUAAGAGAAAUGUUAACAACAUUUGGAACUGCUACUUAUAAAGUGGGACUAAAAGUUCAUCCCAAUGAAGAUGAUCCCCGUGUGCCCAUAAUGUGUUGGGGUAGUUGUGCAUACACCAUCCAAAGCUUAGAAAGAAUUUUAAGUGAUGAAGAUAAGCCAAUAUUUGGUCCUUUGCCUUGCAGACUGGAUGACUGUCUUAGGUCACUAACAAGAUUUGCUGCAGCACAUUGGACAGUGGCAUUACUUUCAGUGGUACAAGGACACUUUUGUAAACUUUUUGCAUCAUUGGUGCCUGAUGAUAUUCACGGAGACCUUCCAUGCAUAUUAGAUAUUGACAUGUUUCAUUUACUGGUGGACUUGGUGCUUGCUUUCCCUGCGUUGCAGUGUCAGGACUUUUCAGGAAUCAGCCUUGGCACUGGUGAUCUUCACAUUUUCCAUCUGGUUACUAUGGCACACAUCAUACAGAUCUUACUUACCUCGUGUACAGAAGAGAGUAGCAUGGAUCAAGAAAAUACUGUUGGUGAAGAAGAAUUAGCGGUUUUAGCUUUGUACAAAAAACUUCGUCAGUGUACAGGAAGUGCCUUGAAAGAAAUACACUCUGGCUGGCAUCUAUGGAGGAAUGUCAAAGCUGGAAUCAUGCCUUUCCUAAAAUGCUCUGCUAUGUUUUUUCAUUAUUUAAAUGGAGUUCCUUCCCCACCAGAGAUUCAAGUUUCUGGAACAAACCAGUUUGAACAUUUAUGUAACUAUCUUUCCCUGCCAAGCAACCUCAUUUGCCUCUUUCAUGAAAAUAGUGAGAUAAUGAACUCAUUGAUGGAAAGUUGGUGUCAUAACAUUGAAGUUAAAAGAUAUCUUGAAGGUGAAAGAAAUGCCAUAAGCUAUCCAAGAGAAUCUAACAAAUUAAUCAAUCUUCCAGAAGAUUACAGCAGCCUCAUUAAUCAAGCAUCUAAUUUCUCGUGUCCGAAAUCCGGUGGUGAUAAGAGCAGAGCUCCAACUCUGUGCCUUGUAUGUGGAACUUUGCUGUGCUCCCAGAGCUACUGCUGUCAGACUGAGUUGGAAGGGGAGGACGUGGGAGCCUGCACAGCUCAUACCUACUCCUGUGGCUCUGGAGUGGGCAUCUUCCUGAGAGUACGAGAAUGUCAGGUGCUAUUUUUAGCCGGCAAAACCAAAGGCUGCUUUUAUUCCCCUCCUUAUCUUGAUGAUUAUGGAGAGACUGACCAAGGACUCAGACGGGGAAAUCCUUUACAUUUGUGCAAAGAACGAUUUAGGAAGAUUCAGAAGCUCUGGCACCAGCACAGCAUCACGGAGGAAAUUGGACACGCACAGGAAGCAAAUCAGACACUGGUUGGCAUUGACUGGCAACAUUUAUAAUUAUAUCACUACCAAAAGCACAAGCUUGGAUUUUUGUAACUCAGUUGGCUUUUCAAGACAGAGAAUAGGAAAUAAGUCCCACUGAGUUUAGUUUGAAAAUAAAUUCUUUACUUAAACUUUUACUCCCAGUUUUAUUUUUUAGAGUUUCUGGCUCCAAGGACAGAUGAGAAUCAUCUUCCAUCAGCAGCUUUUCUUGCACCAUUUGCUGUGUCCCCUAAACAUAACUAGAGUUUUAGGAUCCAGUGAAGAACUUCCCUUCCUGAGCAGGACACAGCCCCUUUGUGGGCAACAAUAACUGUGUUUUGACUGUCGCCAGUAGUCUGAGCCAUGUGGUGUUACUCCAAGCAACUCCAGGCCUGAAGCUGACCCAGAGGCAUCAGGAAACAAGCUCUCUAUGAUCUGUUGGAAUCAACUUCCUGGUCCUUCUCAGUGACUGGGACUGGGUCAGUGUCCUCUCUGCUGACGGGGAGCCCUACCUCGAAGAGCAAAGCAGUGGAUCUGGAGAAUGGCAUUGCCUUGUCUCCAUCAACUGUGAGGACACUUAUUGGGAGGCGCCUAUGGGGAAGAAGGGGUGAAGAUGACUUUUUUCUUUCCUGCUGUAUGGUUUUUCAGAACUAUAGGAGGUUGUUUUUUGUUUGUUUGUUUUUGUGAGGGUGGGGGGCAAGAUUUUUGACUUUGAGAGAAAAAUCUCAUUUUAAAGGGCUUUUUGGAAACUUAAGUAUCCUAAUUUUGCAAACAAUAUAUUCUCUUAUAAGACUAGAGAGAGGCUCGUUCAGAGCAUAUAUGCAUCUAGAAUCAACACUAGCAAGAAUAAAAAAAAAAUCAAGUGUUUUGAGCUUCCCCACCCCCUCCAGUAUUUCCUGGAGUAGAUGAAUUGCUCUUUACCUGCUAAUUCACUUCAUACAUUCCUGGGAGGGCUUAUGCACCCCAGGCUUUUUAUUCCCUUUAAGCAUAAUUGAGCUUACUAAGAGGUGCCUUCCUAGAAAUGAUAGCCACUUAGUAAAAUAACGUGUAACUAUUACUAUACAACCAGUCUCAUUUGAUAGACGUGUACAAAGAGUGUGAUGACAGAGAGUGACGGCAGAUUGGUUGAGGAGUAAGUUCUGAGCCUCUGGAUGAAACUAAGGCUUUUGGAGACCAGGGAUGUAACUUAGUGGUAGAGUAUUUGCUUCACAUACAUAAAUAAGGCCUUGGGUUCAGUCCCCAGAACCACAGGGGAGGGGGAGUAGCUGGGGGAGAGGCUCUUGAAUUUUUUUACCCAAUGCAAGUGACCCACUCAUUCAAUUUUUCUUUAAAAUUACAUCUUUUCUACUCAGCUUGGGUCACUACAGUGUGCCUGAAGGACGGUCAGGACCCCCUACUGCAGGCUAAAACAAAUGGGGGUGCGGGAGCCCCAUUCGCUGCUUCCUCUCCAGGGGGUGUGUGAGUGUGCCUCCUCCACCCUUCUUGCUUGGAACUGACUCACUCCGUGAGAGGCAGACCAAUAGGAAGAAAAAUCAAAUCAGAACCCAGUCAUUCCCCCCCUUCCUGACCCUUCUUCCAUUUAUGAAAACUAGUGGUUUGGACUGUGAACAGCAUAAUGAUUUUCAUGUUUAUUUUGGCUUUUGUCAUAUGCCCACUCCCUUUGCUUUGAAGUCCAGCUUCUUCUAGCUGUUCUGCAUAUGCUCAUCAAGCUUAAAUUUACAGUUAUAAGGCCAGGUUUCUCCCUCUCUAUGUGGAUUAUAAACAUAACAAGUGAUAACAGUACCCUAGCUUUCAACUCUGACUUCACAGAAGUCUGUAAUUAGCAGAAAGUUUUCCUGAAUUCUGUCCCCUGAGAAUAUCAGGGUAGUCUGAGAUGAAUUGAUACAAAAUAGCAGCACAAACACCUUUUUAUCUUCUGGUGUGUGCUCCAUUAAGCUAAUUGUCUUCCUUAUCUAACGAAUCAUCCACAGUUUUAUGAUCUGUUCCGCAUGUAUUAUGUUUAUUGUAGAAAUGUUUAUAUAACUUUCCAUAUCAGGGAAAAUCUUAUCUGUUUAAUAAAUUGGCUAUAACUUUAAUAUCUGUGGACAACUUGUAAAACUUGGAAUGUAUCAUAUGUAAAAAGUUUAAAGAUAUCCAAAUAAAUGCUUUAGGUGUUCACAUUA